AUGUCGAAGUUUAACUUCAGGCUGAACCAUGUGGCAAUUGCUGUCCCAAAUCUUGACGAUGCAAUUGAGUGGUACUCCGAGGUCUUUAAUCUAACUCUCCUGAUACCCCCGUUAACAGUGGAUCAAUCCAAGACUCCAGAUAGCCCUAUCUUUACCAUCUACCCGCCUAGUUGCAAGUGGAUGCGCCUAGCUCUCCUCGGUGCUGGACCUGAAGGACCUGCAGAUUUGGAGCUCUUCCAAUUUCAAGACCCAACCGCAGACGAGGAGUGCAACUUUGAGCUUCAGUAUAGGCGAGGUGGAUACUUUCAUAUGGCCCUGACUGUUGAUGAUGUAGAUACUGUGGUUGAGAAAAUAGUGACUCGGGGCGGCAGAAAGGUUGGGUUGGAUAUGCCCUGUUCAAAGUCCCAUAAAGCAGCAUAUGUCACGGAUAAAUGGGGGAAUGUGAUGGAAAACCCAAUGUCGUUGUGGGGGGGAGUGACAGGCCAUUCGGGCCAGGCUCAGGGUUCUGGUAACCCUUCCCGACGAUUAGCUCUCAAUGUCGGCUUCAACCGCUCUCAUGUCGUUUCUCACCUGUUGACACGAGAAAGGCUUGCGACGCUUGUCGAAAACGAAAGACCAAAUGCGACGAGAAUAAGCCAUCCUGUGGGCGCUGCGCUCGCCUUGGGCUGGACUGCAGCUACGUCGAAACAGUUGCUGCAAAUUGCCGAGUUAGAAGGGACUCUCAAACGCAUGGAUGAGAAAUUGGACAUCUUGACUGCAUUUGCUCGACAAAAUGAAGGACAGUCUAGAAGUAUCAUGGCUCGAACAGCGCACGAUGCUCUGGCUACGGCUUCCAGUCCCAGUACCCAGGUUGCUACUUUCAGUCCUAUGAACUUCGGGGGCGGAGAGCUUUACGCAGCUCCAACCCCGUUCCUUGACACGGGUCGGAUCCGGGAGGAGCUGUCCCUCUCGCAGAGACACUCGACAGCUCCGCAACACUUACUCAGCUGGCCGUGUUCUCCCCUCCAACUGAGCGAGCCUGAUUUGCAAUACCCCAUGCAUCUCGAGAUCAAGCGAUCUAAGAUGUCACAGUCAACGGCACCGCCCCGCCGCCUUGAGAUGUUAUCAAGAGAUGAUACUUGGCUUUCGGGGUUGUCUUUAUCAGAUGUGCACCUCCUGACGAAGUCAUACUUUGAGCACUUCCAUCCGUCUUGUCUCAUCUUGGACGAGAACGUAUUCUACUCUGACAUCCUUAGUAAGGCUUUGCAGACCAACUUUGGAAAGGACCACAGCACAUGCACCGUGCUGCUUGUCUGUGCCAUAGGGUCUAUUGCCGCCUACUACUCUGGGCACGAAGACUGGUGCUCGAGUCUUGAACAAGACGUUGGUAUCGGUUUCUUCAAUUUGGCAAAUGAGAUGUUUCGCGAUCUGGAAGGCGCAAACUGGAGCAGCGUAGAGUGUCUACUUCUGAUGGGGGUGUAUGAUGCGUGGCAAGUGAGCCAUCGGGCCUGUUGCACCAUCUUGAUCCUGGUCCCACUGUAUGCCAACGGAACCUUAGGGGCACGGGAAUGCCAACUAUUCUGGAUCGCAUAUCUGCACGAAAGUCAAAUACUCGCCGAGUUCGACUUCCCAGCUAGUGGUUUGGGGAAGCUGGCCAGCAGCAUACCGUUGCCACUUGUGCCUGGCGCAGGAACAGACCCCCAUUACGCCAAAUACCAGUUCUUCUUUCUAGCUCUUAUCUCCAUGAGAAAGCUGCUAAAUAGGAUUCUCUUUCACCUGUAUAGUCGAGAACAGAAUAGCGAAAACCCGAGCCACGAUUCGCCAUCAGCUGAGAAGCCUACGGCGUUCUUGUCGGCAACUCCUUCUAUCAUUCAUGAGCUAGACCGUCAGCUCGAAGAAUGGCGAAUGUGUUUGCCAUCUGGGCUCGAAUUCUCUUCGUACUCAGAUGCCCAGAAAAUCGACGACCAGGACUUUGCUCAGAUACGGCCGAUCCAUGAACGCUUGCGUGGGAAUCUCAUGGCGCGAUAUUUCGCCGCCAAGUCUAUUAUCCACCGCCCGUUCAUCUACAGGGCUCUACACUGUGAGCAUGUUAGCAUGUUGUCCGAGGAGGAUCAGAUCGGUGCCCAGACGGCUAUCGGGAGCGCGUUCAGGUGCACCUUUCACAGCGGAAUCUUCCAUGAACCUUUACCGUUGCUAUUGCAUCCCAUCAACACUUGUCGAAGGUAUGGUCCAAACAACCAGAAAUUGUCCUGA